GAGUUGGGAGCAGUGAAAAACACACCAGCGCUGGGGCAGCAGAUGACCCGGCGCAGCAGCGAGGAGCACAACAGUCCUCAGUGACAAAUGAAAGGAUGGGGGGCAUCAGCAGCAGCAGCAGCUGAGUUUACACCGACCGGAUCAGGGGCCGAGGCCAGAGCACCGCUUUCUGCUCGCUCUUGGGUGACUUUUGUCGGAUUUAUUCAGCGGUCCACAACAACAUGCCAUUUGCCAAAAGAGUCGUGGAACCUCAGUUACUGUGCAGGUAUCAAAUCCCCAACGAGGAGGGUUUGGUUUUCGAGGAUCUGGUCUCCAUCAGUAAUGUGGCUCUGUCUCGGACCCUGCGGCAGCUGUCGGACCUGGCCAAACAUGCCUGCUCCAUAUUCCAGGAGCUGGAAAACGACCUCACGUCCACCAACCAGCGGGUCAGAGGGCUGCAGACUAAGAUCAGCCAACUCCAGCAGACCUGCUCCGAGCUGGACCCCAAACAGGAGGCAGUGCCGGUGUCCAACCUGGAUGUGGAGAGUAAGCUGACAGCACAUUACCAAGCUCCCUGGCACCAGCAGAGGAACGUUUUCCACCCCUCCACACGGCCAGCAUGUGUAGAAGAGCUCCACAGGCAAGCCAACUUCAACCUGUGGGUCCUGCACCGAGAUCACCAGAGGAGACGAUCAGGCAGCAGGGAACGAAGAGUCACCAUCUCCAUCUCUGCUUUGCCCCCCAUGCCCUUGUACCCCUCCCCUCAGGACGUCCAGAGAGGGGCAAAUUUAGCAACGUUCGAAUCCACCCGAUCCUCCUCCCCUACCGAAUGUUGCCGCUUCUCUCCCUGGAGCAGAAAGGCUGCGCCCUCUGACCCCGACACUGACGGGGUGGCUCUAGGUCACCGAUCUAAGUUCCCCAUCCCUAACAUCCCCUCCACCUUGGACAAGCAGACUAACUGGUCUAAAGCUCUGCCGCUGCCCACCCCAGAGGAGAGAAUGAAAUGCAGUUCCCAAGUCAUCACCUCAUGUGUCAUCCCCAUUAAUGUGACUGGGAUUGGCUUUGACAGAGAUGCUAGUGUGCGCUGCUCGCUCGUUCACUCGCAGUCUGUGCUUCAGAGGAGACGGAAGCUGAGGAGACGGAGGACGGUUGCCGGCGUUCCCAGACAGGUGCAGCAGGAUUUAGACUCUGAUGACUCUCCUGGUUCCAGAGAGCGAACAGUGAUAGUUCAUGCCAGUCCAGAUAUCACUCCUUCCAACGAGGAGCUGGCCAGCCAUCUCAGCACCAGAGACUCUGGUUGCCAGACAGAAGAGUUUUUGAUCUCAGGAGCACCGUCUCGGAGGAGGAUCAGGGCCCAGAGAGGACAGGGAGUCUCCCUCUCCCUCUCCCAUUCUGCAGGCAACAUCUCCUCACUGCCAGACAGUGCCGACGCCAUGUUCUCUGCCUCUAUUGGAGCUCGCCUGCGUUCCCGUAGUCUGCCCCGAGACGGCAGCCGGAUGUUGGACAACGGACACAAUGACAGCGACGAUGAGGAGGAGCUUUCCCCCUUCAAUGCUGAGAGCUUCCUGCCUGGACCCAGAGAGCUAAUUCUGAAGGAUGAAGGAGAGAGCACCGAUGACCAGGCCAUGCCCGAACACCAGCGGGGGAGUCUGAAGUACAGCCAGCUGUCAGACAGUCCAGAGCGCAGCUGGAUGGAGCGGACCAGAUCUCAGCUGCCCAGGAAGGCUGACAUGGGCAGCUGUGAGAUCUCGUCUAGUUCCGACACCUUCAGCAGCCCCGUCCAUUCUGUCUCAGCUGCAGGGGUGCUGGGUGGCCAGAUGGACCAUAAGGACGACCACCAGUCAUCCAGUGGGAACUGGAGCGGCAGCAGCUCCACCUGCCCAUCCCAAACAUCGGAAACAAUCCCCCCUGCAGCAUCUCCGCCACUCACCGGCUCCUCGCACUGUGACUCUGAGCUCUCCCUCAACGCUGCCACUCACACUAAUGAUGACCAGACCAGCUUCAUGCUGGACCCUUAUCAGGGCCUGAGGACCCAGCGGGCCGGCUCCUUCUCCUCCACAGCUAUGGACAUAUUAGAGGAAGUAGAGGUCAGCACUCCCAUUGAGGGGGAGUGGGGUUACUCCCACUCGGAGCCUCCUUGUCCUCAGGACUUCAGCCCUGAGCCAAGCAGGGAGGCCGAGAGCAGCCUGGGCUGUCCCAGCUUCACCAGCAUGGCGACCUGCGAGAGCAGCUACUCUGACAAACCUCCAUCAGAGAAAGCAGACACCGUCUCACACUACUCUGUAGACACUGAAGGUUACUACACUUCCAUGCACUUUGACUGCGGUCUGAAAGGUAGCAAAAGCUUCACUUAUAACUAUGCACCCUCUGGCUCUGACUGUGGCCUGUUUGACUUAAGUGGUCACAUGACUCUGGGGAGACGCUGCCUCUCUUUAAAGAAACCAAAGGUGAAGCCGUCUCCGCCUAAAAGGAGUUCUUCCUUAAGAAAAAUAUGCAGUGAGGGAAACAUCCCUGACAAGAAAGAACCAAAGAUUACAUGCGGGCAGCAGCUUCCUCUGAUUUCCAAAGAGAGGAAGAUGCAGCUGGUUUUGUCCGGCUCUCCAGGUCACAUGGAAAACUCUUCACUGGUCAGAGAGCCUCUUGUGAUUUGGGGGGUUGAAGGCUCAGCUGAUCUCCCUGAUUUAGGCAUUUUAAGCUCCACAGAUGCACAUUCAUUUAAGGAUGAGGGUAUUGUACAGUCAGACUACGCAGACCUCUGGCUCCUGAAUGAUUUAAAAUCCAGUGAUCCCUAUCGAUCCUUGUCCAACUCGAGCACAGCAACAGGUACGACUGUUAUUGAAUGCAUCAAGUCACAGGAAAGCUCGGAGUCCCAGACGUCCCAGUCGGGCUCCAGAGCCACCACCCCAUCACUCCCAUCAGUGGAGGGAGACUUCAAGCUGACAUCCCCGGAGAAACUGGCAGGCCUGGCCAGCCCGUCCAGCGGCUACUCCAGUCAGUCAGAAACACCCACCUCCUCAUUUCCCUCCACCUUCUUUCCUGGCCCGAUGUCGCCAUCAAGCGGCAAAAGGAAGCCCAAAGUCCCAGAGAGGAAGUCCUCUCUUUCAUCACUGUCACUGCAGUCGCCGUCUUGCAGGGAGGGAGCAACCUCGAAGAGAGAUCUAGAGCUGCCGGUCAUCCCUCCCUCCCACCUCGACUUAAGUGCCCUUCAGAGCGUCAGCAACAAGGCCUCAGCUUACAGGACCCAGAUACAAAUCCUUCAGCAAAACAAACAAAGAGCUGCAGCGUCAACCAAACCUGUAGCAGCUCCAAGCUCAGAUGUAUUCAGCACCCACCCCCUGGCCAUUACACCGACAGUACUACACUCAGUACAGCUCCGACCCAUUAGCAAGGAACUGGCAGGAAAUCAUGAUGACAAAGCAGUUUCCAGACUCCAGUACCCCUCUGUGAACUUACAGAGCACACUUUCAAGUGGUAAAUCUUUAGAGCUCAAGAGUCCCUUAAUGUACAACUCACAUCAUAAUCAUCUCACAUCCUCAAAAAAUUCGUGUGAAUCGUUGUUUAUCUCAAACGAAGAGCUUGUAAGUGGAGAAGCAGCAUGUCAGAGUGAAAUGAGGAGCAAGCAGGACAAAAAGGCUUCUUUCGAAAGACUGCAGUCAAACCCAAGUUUAGAGCAGAAGGGUGAGGAUGUCCUUGAAGAAGGAGAAACAUUUAGAGAGGCAGUAGAAACAUCCGUCUGCUCUGGAGACUUCGGCUCACUAUCAGAGCUUUUACAACAGAACGAACUGUGUGAACAAGAAACAUGUCCUCCUGCCUCUGUUCUGCACAGUUCACCCAGCAGUUCCAACAGUCUUGAUAAAGUGCCUGCUACUGACAGCCAGUUGGAAACUUUGCUAGUAGGUCCAGUCAGUGAUGAAGACAGCAGAGAAGCGGAGAAUGAUUCAUCAGGUGUUUCAGCCGAAAGUGCCUCGCAGGACGGCAAGGAGGAUUCCACACCAGAGACGGAGGAUUAUUUCAGUAAAGACUCCACACCCAGUGACAGUGCAGUGUCUCCGCUGAAUGAUGAGUCGAGGUCAGAGGAUGACGGCGUGUUUCUGUCACCCACCAAAGCUCGCACCACUGAGGAUCUGUUCGCUAUGAUACACAGAUCCAAAAGGAAAGUGUUGGGGAGGAAGGACUCCGCUGAGGUGGUUGUGAGGAACCGACUCGGUGCUGCGUCAGGAAACACACCACCCAGCAGCACUGUGAGCUCCCCGGUGUCGCUGUCAUCACCCUCCACUGCCACCGUCACCCCACCAGGCCUGCAGAGAGUCUCCGGCCCCAUCUACAGGAACGCAAAGAAGUCCAGCACCUCCAACGAGGAGUUCAAGCUGCUGCUUCUUAAAAAGGGAAGCCGCUCGGACUCCAGCUACCGCAUGUCGGCUACAGAGAUCCUCAAGAGCCCCGUCACUCCUAAAACACCCGGAGAGUCUCUGACGGAGUCGCCCAGACAUCCUGAAGAGUCUGCCUCCCCCCAGCAGCAGCAGCAGCAGCAGUCAGGAUCAGAGCAGCUGUCCAGCCCUUACCCCAAAGCCAACUCUGAGAGUUUCUCCCCGAAAUCCUUCCUCACAUCUUCUUCCUCCAGGCAGGGACGCUCCAGAAUCCCCCCACCAGCCAACAGCAGCCGCUACGGCAUGCGCAGCCGGUUGUACUCGGCGCCCAUGCAGGCCAUCUCCGAGGGUGAGACGGAGAACUCAGAUGGAAGCCCUCAUGACGACCGCUCGUCGCAGGGCUCCACGUAGAACAGAGCAGAACUGAAAUAAGCUUAUUAGUUUACAGUAAAAACAAAUGGACCAGAAUGAAAUAUAAUAUAUAUGAUGAGGUGAAGGCAGGAGAACUGAUGAGGUGAAUUUAGAUAAAACAUUUUGGUAAACGUUAAGUCAUAAAUUCAGUGAUUGUGGAUGAAUUUUAAAACUGUUUUCUUUCUGAUUACUCUGUGGCAGCAGUUUUACCUGUUUUAUAUGACAUGUAUUUCUAAAAAAUAUAUAUCUUUAUGAAAUUAACAGUUGGAAUUAGAAACAAGAUUAUUUAUCAUCUGCACACUGUAGUAAAGGGGCUGCACAGUGACGUAGUGGUUAGCACUUUCACCUUGCAGCAAGAAGAUCCCUGGUUUGAAUCCCGGGGUGGGCCUGGAAUCUUUCUGCAUGGAGUUUGCAUGUUCUCCCUGUGCAUGCGUGGGUUUUCUCCGGGCACUCCGGCUUCCUCCCACAGUCAAAAAAUAUGCUGAGGUUAAUUGACUACUCUAAAUUGUCCUUAAGUGUGAAUGUGAGUGUGAUUGUUUGUCUGUAUAUGUAGCCCUGUGACAGACUGGCGACCUGUCCAGGGUGUCCCCUGCCUUCUCCCGAGUCAGCUGGAAUAGGCUCCAGCACCCCCGUGACCCUAGUGAGGAUAAAGUAGUGUUUAGAGGAUGGAUGGAAACAAAUCCAGUUUAUUUCCACAACGGAAGCGCAUUAGUUAAGAAAACAUUUUUUAAAUGUUAGUUUAAGGCACAUUUUCCCAAAACCAUGUAACCCAGCUGGUUGCCUUCCUUCAGCCCUACAUACUCAUGUUUGAUUCUCUCUGUUCUGCUGUCAGAUUUUACUCCAGAAUUUAAAAAAAAAAACUUGUACAAGAUUUUUAGUAUCUUAUGAAAAAGAACUGUAUGUAUUCUGUGAAUACCUAUGCAAUUAGACACACAUGUUGUACAUUUCUUCAAGCCAGUUAUACUGAAUUAUUUUUGAUUCCCCUCCCCAACUAGACAUCAGGACUAACUAUAAAAUGUGAACCUUUGGUCCUUCUAUUCAUAUGACUUGUAAACAGCAUUUGAUAUGAUGUGUUUGUAUCUUUUAAUCUCUCCUUUUUGAAGCAUAUAGUAAAUAAUAUCAAAGAAAGCUUACUACAACAUUUUAAAACUGUCAUGCAAUAAAUAAGACAAGUAAUUUAGAGGCAGGAAAUGUCAAAGCCAAGAACUAACUUCGACAAUCUCUGGAGAUGAGAAGGGAGCAGGUGUUAACAGGGGAGAUGAAAAAGUGAUCAAAAAAGUUGGAGGCAGUGAAAUCUGAGAGCGAAUAAGGAGGUUUAAAGAGAAAUUAAACAAGGUUCAUUUCUGGUUUGCUGACUUGGUGUGUUUAUGAAUUGUUGAAAGAGGCAAGUGGAAAGUGCUCAGGAGGAUCAAAUAUGCCUUAUUUUACUCAACGGGAGACAAUAAGCGACGAAGCAGCUCGGGCCUCAGCAAGUUGAGCGUUUUCUUUGUGAGAUUUUUCCAGUUUUGAUGGCGGAUGUUCUUUUAAAUAUGGAGUCAGGUUUGAUGAAAAGAGGAAGCUCUGGAUUUUGGCAUUUGCUGCUAUUUUGUACCAAACGCUCCUCAGUCUUUAUUCCCCCCCCAUCAAAAAUACGACUUUCAUAUUUUCUGUCGCAAAGCAAUCUAAAUGUAUUUAUUUUUAUAACCGACACAGAAAAAUCCCCCACCUGAUCUGGAUACACCUUUAUAAUAAUGAAAACCUCAACAUGAAGGUUUGCAAUGAAUUGCUGAUAUUUUUAAUAACAUAGUUUAUUCAGAUGCUUAUUUUGUUUAUAAGAGGCAAAUUUUAGAUCGUAUUCGAGACACUGAGACAAAUAGGAAAGCAAAUCAUAAAUGGCUUGAAACAGUGGCAUGGACAGACAUAAGCUACACACGAGGUUUUAGCUGUAACUCUUAGGCACUCUGAGACAGAUUUUCUUGUCCCACAUAUUUACAAUAAUUUUAUAUAUACAUGGUUUUUAUUGGAGUGAUGGUACUCAACCAUUAUGCAAAGUUGACACAAUCUAUGUAACCAUAUUGCUUUGUGGAAGAGUCUUCUUCCCUGUAGGUACUCUGUCAACACCAACGUAAUUUUGGCCUUAAUGACACUCCGUACAAAUGCAAUGACAUCCAGUAAAACAGGGUACACAUUGAGUUAAGUCUGUGAACCUUCAUUCCAACUUUUUUGUUUGUUUUUUUGCACUGAUACAGUGAUGUUUGUGAAGUUUCAUUUGUCUCUUGCUGUACCUGGAGAUAUUUAUAGAUCCUUACGUGGAGCUGUUCAGCUUUUCCUUGAGUAAUAUUCUCACACUCGCUUUAGAAGGAAACUACAUACGGUAGAUGCUUCUGCCCAAGGCUAGAACAUGUACGUCUUAGUGGCAUUGAAUUGUUUUUCUCCUCUCGUUCGUUUACUUAACUGAAACAUUCUUGAAAACACGAACCAACACUCGAGAAGACUCGUGGUACUAGAUGCAUUUCAUUCAGUCUUCAGAUCAACCUCUACAUACUGUACUGUAGCUAUCAGAUUUUCUUUUUGUACACAUUUGUAAAUACAAAAACUUUUUUGGAAUUGUCCCAAAUGUUAAAUUGUUUCUUAUGUAAAAAAAAAAAAAUAAUACAUGUUUUCAAAGUUUACAUUAAUUUCCAACCUUUGUAUAUUUUUGAGCUGUGGAACACUUUGUCUUGUAUUUAUUUUUUAGUAAGCGUUGUGGAAAUCCCAUAGUAAAUCCUAUCGAAGCCAACUGCUAGCACAACAGGCUGCUUAGCACAUGUGUAUAAAAAAGACAAAUAAAUGUGACUGCUUUGAAAAUCA